AUGUUCCAUGGAUUGCCAAGUGAAGACCCCAUUGACCACCUUGAUGAGUUUGAUAGGCUUUGUGAUUUGACAAAGAUCAAUGGUGUCUCUGAAGAUGCCAUCAAGCUGAGACUCUUUCCUAUGUCUCUAGCUGACAAAGCUCACCAAUGGGAGAAGAGCUUGCCCCAUGGCACAAUCACCACUUGGGAUGAAUGCAAGAAGGCCUUUCUUGCUAAGUUUUUCUCCACCGGUCGCACAGCCAAGCUUAGAGGAGAGAUAUCCAGCUUCAUCCAGCGAAACAAUGAGACAUUCGCAGAGGCUUGGGAGAGGUUCAAAGGGUACACAAGUCAGUGCCCACACCAUGGAUUCAACAAUGAAUCACUACUCUCCACUCUUUAUAGAGGAUGCUUGCCUAGGUAUAGGGAGAUGCUAGACACAGCUAGCAAUGGGAACUUCCUCAACCAGGAUGUAGAUGAUGGCUGGCAACUUGUGGAGAACAUAGCUAACUCAAAUGGAAGCUAUGGAGAAGAGUAUGAUCGCACCAACCGGAGCUCGACCCACCACUCGAUCGAGUCAGACGAAAAGUUGAGAAAAGAUGUUAAGGCAUUGAAUGAGAAGUUGGAUAAGCUGAUCCUAGCUCAGUCCACAAUGAAGAAAGUCAACUUUGUGUCUGCUGAGGAGAUGGAACCAGUCCAAGAAGGGGAGGAUACACAAUUUGCUGAGGUGUGCUACAUGAGCAAUGGGCAAGGAGGUUACAACAAAGGAUACUAUAACUACAAGUCCAACCCUGCCAUGUCAUACCGCAACACUGAUGUUGCUAACCCUCAGGACCAAGUAUAUCCUCAACAACAAGCAGCUCGAUCGAGUCAGGUGCCACAACAUGGGUAUGGUCAAAAGAACAAUUACCAAGGACCACAAGGCACUUUCCCUGGACAACAAAUGAAUAUCCCACCAGGCUUCCCCCACCAACCGCCCCAGCCUGCACCUUCACAAGAGAAUGAGCUCAAGGCAAUGCUAAAGCAACUACUUCAAGGGCAAGCUGAUGGGGUAGUGGACACAAGCAAGAAGCUAGCUGAAAUAAACUCUAAGAUCGAGAACCUCAACACAAGGGUUUACUCUCUGGAGAAUCAUGCUUCUUCUGUUGCUGCUGCUACAAAGCAAGGACAACUACCUGGUAAAGCUAUUCAGAACCCCAAGGAACAGUGCAAGGUCAUCUUCACUCAAGAAGGACUUGUUGAAGAAGAGGAUCAAGAAAGGGUCAUUGAAGAUUUUUGUUUACUGCUGAAUGAUGAAGAGAUUGUUGCUGCUGAGGCUCCUGGAGUCCAGAUUGAUCAACCAGAAGUGCAUGCACCUACUGUGGCCAUUCACACUUCACCAGUUGAGCUCGCACGACAAGCUCGAUCGGCAGCUCGAUCGAGUCCAACUCUAGCUCGAUCGAGUCCGACCUCUUCUGUCCGACAGCCUGUUUUGCUUGAUCCUUACCAACCGGUUGCCGCUUCCUCGUCUCGCCUACUUAGUCAAGGUCACAAGGAAGUGAUUCACAAGUUCAGAAGAGAUCUCAGUGGGAUUGGAAUUGAGUUGCCUCUAUGGAUAGCAUGA